GGAUCAGCUGGGACAGUCAACAUGGCCUCCGUCCUGGGCCCAGCGCGCGCCGCCCGCCUCCCUAUAAUCGUGGUUUUGGGCGCCACGGGGACGGGGAAAUCAAAGCUCGCCUUGGAAUUAGCAACGAGAUUCAAAGGAGAAAUAAUCAGCGCCGACUCCAUGCAGGUGUACAAGGGGCUGGACAUCAUCACCAACAAGGUCACACCCGAGGAGGCCGCCCAAGCCCCACACCACAUCCUCGGCUUCCUCGACCCCUUAUCUCGCUUCACCGUCACUGAUUUCCGCAACGCCGCCCUGCCCGUGGUGGAGCGACUGCUGGCAGAGGACAAAGUGCCGGUGAUUGUAGGCGGCACGAACUACUACAUCGAGAGCCUCCUUUGGCAUGUCCUGAUCGAUGGGGUGCCGAAGGGGAGCGACGGGAAGCUGGUUUACGAGAGGGAUAAGGAGCUGUAUAGUGGUGGAGGUGGUAGUGGGGAGAAAAAGAGAGAUUCUGUGGUUAGUGGUGAUGGGUUUUUUGCGUCGAAGCGAAGUCGUGUGAGUGAUGAUGAUGUUGGUGGUGAGGGUGGAAGGAACGUCACCACUCACCAUCGCAACGCAGAAAACGGCGAGAGAGUGACGGGACGCAGUGAAAGUGAGGGAAAGGAAACGGACGAAGGAAAAGAUCAUGACCAGGAAAAUGAGGAAAGUGUGCGUGUUAGUGGUGGCGAUGGCGAUGAAAGUGGCGUCCAGGAAAGUGAUAUCAAAAGUGGCGAUAGAGUUUUAAGUGAUGGUGGUGAAAGUGGCGUCCGUAAAAGUGAUAUCAAAAGUGACGAUGGAGUUUUAAGUGAUGGUGGUGAAAGUGUCGCCCAUAAAAGUGAUGUCAAAAGUGGUGGUGAUGGAGUUUUAAGUGACAAGGACAGUGGUGAUGAUGGUGGUGAAAGUGGCGUCCGUGAAAGUGGCGACGGAGUUUUAAGUGAGAAAGAUUGUGGUGGUGAUAUUGGUGGUGAUAUUGGUGGUGGGUUGACGGUGUGGCAGGAGACAGACACCCCCACCCAGGAGCUCUACCAGCGUCUCCGUCAAGUGGACCCGGAGAUAGCCGACACCUACCACCCUAAUGAGCGGCGGAAAAUCAUCAGGUCGCUUCAGGUGUACGAGCAGACGGGUCGGCCACACAGUUACCUGCUUAAGGAACAGAGGGGGCAGAAGGGGGGCUCGGGUCUUGGGGGGGCGCUGCGAUACCCCCACUCCCUCAUUCUCUGGAUCACGUGCGACCAGGACGUCCUCUUGAAGCGCCUGGAUGACCGAGUGGAUGAGAUGAUCGAGCGCGGCCUCCUGCAAGAACUCCUGGACUUCCACGCCUCCUACAACAGCCGCCGCCUUCAGGACGGGGCGGCGGCUGACUACACCUGUGGCAUCUUCCAGAGUAUCGGCUUCAAGGAGUUCCAUGAGUUCCUGGUGCUGCCGGAGGAGGAGAGGGAGAGCGAGAAGGGACUGAAGCUGUACGAGGCGGGGGUGGCGGCCAUGAAACUGGCCACGCGACAGUACACCAAGAAGCAGCUCAGGUGGAUCAAAAACCGCUUCAUCACGCCGUCGGACAGGAAGGUGAGGGCUCAGAAAAGGUGGUGGUGGUGGUGAGGUGAGGUUAGGUUA